CUUUCUUUGUACAAGUAUUUUCACCUUCUCUGCUUCUGCUCCACCAUCUAUCUCCCUCUCUCUUCAAUGGCUUUUCCUUCUGCCCUUUUCAUCUUUGUCCUUCCCCUUUUCCUCGUCAUCUCUCCCACCCUCUCAACCAACUCUGAAGGAAAUGCUUUGCAUGCUCUGAGAAGCAGACUUUUUGACCCCAAAAAUGUUCUGCAGAGCUGGGACCCUACUCUGGUUAAUCCUUGUACUUGGUUUCAUGUCACAUGUGACUCCAACAACCAUGUUGUUCGUUUGGAUUUGGGUAAUUCUAACAUCUCUGGAAGCUUGGGACGGGAGCUUGGUGAACUCAAGCACCUGCAGUACUUGGAAUUAUAUAGGAACAAUAUAAUUGGGAAGAUCCCAAAGGAGUUAGGUAAUUUGGAAAGCCUUAUAAGCAUGGAUCUCUAUGGCAACAAGUUUGAGGGAAAAAUCCCCAAGUCCUUUGCGAAGUUGAAGUCUUUAAGAUUUUUACGACUAAAUGACAACAAGCUGACAGGAUCAAUUCCCAGGGAACUCACAAAACUAUCCAAUCUUAAAGUUUUUGAUGUUUCUAACAACGAUCUUUGUGGAACAAUUCCGGUUGACGGCCCAUUUGGCAGUUUUCCCAUGGAAAGUUAUGCAAACAACAAGCUGAAAGGACCUGAGCUGAAAGGAUUGGUGCCGUAUGACUUUGGAUGCUGAAAAAAGACUUAUGCUUGAUUAGCUUCAAAUGCUGAAGAUCAACAAAUUACAGGAACCCCUUAAAACGUAUCUUUGGAUUGUGUACUGUAGCAGUGAAAAAAGUAUUGUAGAACAGCGCAAGUUUCAAGAGGUAUUAACAGGUUUAAUAAAGCUAGAAGUGAAACAAGAAGUUGUAAUCUCACCUGGCAGAUCCUGCUGAUCUGAAGAUGAAAUAGAGGUUGCUUUCAGUGUAUUGGUAUUUGGCAUGCCUUGUGUGCUAAUAAAAUUGUGGUAUACAUGCCUUUACAUCCUUAUAUUGCCUGUCUGGGCUUGAGAAUGGAGUUAGUAAAGACUAGAUUUUGUUGUUUA